AUGUGCGCGCAGGUUGACAGGUCUCGGUGCAUUCACCUGCCAACGCAGACGAUCCUCCAGCGCUACACGAUCCCACUGGUCGCGCUGCAGCUGGGGGUGGACAUCUUCGUGCUCGAUUUUGACAUCUACCCGUUCCAGGACCCCACGCCCCACGUCGUCGGGGAGCUGCUCUCGUACGGCAGUCGCGUGCCCGACGUGCUGGUCGCCGGUUCCUUUGGCGACGCGUGCAUCCUGAACGCAUGGUGGCGGAUGGUGUUCUACCGCAGCACCCGGCGCGCCCGCGACUUCCUGCGCGGGCUGCUGCGCUGGUUGUACGAGGCUGGGCGCUGCCGGAGAGAGGCUCUCUCGGCCUUCCUGGGCGAGGACCCCUUGCAGAAGUCCCAGGGCGCGGGCGGCGGGCCCCCCGGGCCGCCGCGGUACGGCGAGCCGGGCGCCCCGUGGGUCGUGCGGGCGGAGGCGCUCCAGCGCGGCCUGGGGCAGGAUCCCCGGGAGGGCGCGCUGCCGACCGUGGACUGGGCGCUGCUGAGCCCCGAGAACGCCUUCGUCUCCGCGAGGGUGGGCGCGACGUCCGGGUGGGCGGGCGCGGUGGGCGGCAUCGUGCUGUUCCACUUCUUCCACGGCGGGUGGGUCGAGAGCGGGAGCGUGUUCGAGCAGGCGCGCGCCCACGACGACGACUUCGAGGUGUUCUUCGGCGGCGCCGCCGACGGCGGCGAGGAGGGCGCUUCCCGGAGAAGCAGGAUCGUCGAGAGGGUCCUGUCGUCCCGCGUGGGCGACGCUCGCCCCCCCACCGCGCUGAGCUGCAGCACGGUCCCCGUGGACGUCUUCUCCUCCGGCAGGCCGGGUGCCGCCUGA